AUGUCGCUGAUAAACAACACGCGUUGCUUGUUGACCUGGCAUUUGUGGAGGCAGACGCAAGCCGCGCCCAUCCGCCUUAACUCCAACAGGACGUCGGUAGUGCGGUGCAGUCGUCAGAAAUACGAACGCUUGUACCCGGUUUUAAUGGUGCGACCUGACGGCUCCACCGUCAACAUCCGAUACAAAGAACCCCGUCGCAUGCUCAUGAUGCCAGUGGAUCCUUCCACCUUGUCGGAGGAGGAGCGUCGCCGUCGUCAGAAAAAGCGGGAAGUCAAGAAGACUGUGAAGGAGGCGGCGGUCCACUACGAGGACGAUUUUAAGGCGGACAAGUACAGACAGUUCUGGAGCAAGACCAAAUAA